CAGGCCACACUACGUUCGUACCUUAGUACUGUGGACUCCAGUCAGAACUUACCAUGGUAGGUGGUGCAAUCAACUGCUCUGAGUGGGACGCUACAGCAGCUGUCAUAUUACGAAUGACGGCGCCCACUACGUCAUUUACCGGCAACCCGGUUUAAAACUAUGAUGAUUUCAUACUUCCCCUCUAUCCACCGUGUUGUUUAUUUACUGCUGCUCGCCUUCACGAAAGAAAAGAAGAUACAGUGCUGUUACUACAGUCUCUCUAUCCUUGAUUCAUCCUCCCUACAAAGCCCGUGCGCUUGAAUCUCGUGCACCACUGCCAGUGCCGACCUUACAAUGUCCCUCAACACAGCGACCGGCGUGGCAACCAGCGGCCUACAGGGCCGACCCCCUAAGUUGACCGGGGACGUCAGGUCUACGGUUCAACAGGGCCACAAGACGGUCAACAAGACUGCCCAGAAUACCACCGAAUCAGUGCUGCCCGGCCAAUUCCCUGGAGACGAAGACGGAGUCAAGUCCGCCCAGCGCGAUCAGAACAAUGACGGACCCAUUCUUUCUCCUAUGCGUGACUGGUAUCGUCGCUGGGUACCUCGGAUGUUCGAUAAGAUGGAGUCAUACCUUAUGGGCUGGCUGUCCUGGCUCUUGCCGGGACCGCGACAAGCCCGGCUGUAUGACGCCGCAUCCAAGCGGCCGGCUAGCACAACUUUCCUCAUCUGUCAACUGCUUUGCUGCGGAGUUCCGUUGCUCGUCUUUCUGGCCGGUGUCUUCUUGUUCGCUGCCGUGGCAAUUAUUCUCUGGUGUGUUCUAUCGCUGCUCAUCCUCGGUCCCGUCCUCUUGGUGGCUAGCAUGAUGGGGGUCUCGCUGUGGGGCUGGGGCUGGUUCUUCUACAGUGUCAUCAAGUGGGUCGAUCAGACCUAUCUGGGUGGUAUGCUUUCUCGAUUCUGGUUGUCGCGAAGCUCGUCUGAUGACGACGAUGACGAAAAUUCAAGCAAGGAGGAAGGGAAAGAGAAGGGUGGUGAGCAAAAGGAAGGGUGAGCAGAGCCAAAUUACAGGUACCAAGACUGUGGAAGGGAUGCGGGUAUGGAGGCAUAGUCAUUAUUGAGCCAGAAGGGUCUAGGGAAAUUGAGCCGUUCAUGUAUAGCCCGGUCGCUAUUUAUUGAAUUCUUGUAAUUAUUUUUUGACAAAUUCACACCU